AUGUAUCCUGGGCUGGAACCUGUUGUCGAAGUCGAUCAGGAGGAACUUACAAAAAAAUAUGCCAAUUGUUUAAAGCUUAUUCAUUUGGGAAAUUACCUGUGUACUCCCAAAGUGGACUAUAGCAGUGAGCGAAAGCUAGUAGAACAAAGAUCAAAGAAGAAGAGUCAGAAGGAUUCAGACAUACCCGAUGUGAACGUGGACCAAUUCUUCUAUUGGAAUCAUCUCUAUUCUGCACGCAUUGAAAUGAAUGUGAUGGAUGCGAUGACUAUUAAUCAGUACGGUUCGCAGUCCAACAUGCUGCUUGAACGUCAGCUGAUCGACGUGAGCAAAAAGACUGCCUUCGGACACAUGAAGCAGAACAUGGAAAAAGCGCGAGACAUGGUAAAGAAUAUGCUAGGCUACCGCAAGAAGAACAAGGCAUGCUACCAGAAGAAGAAUCCCACUCCGUCCGACUUUUGGGAGUUCGAAAUCCGAUCCCAGUUUCAUUUAACGGACGAGAGCGGUUCCCCGAGCGAGAUUCUGCAUAAACAGAUCAGCUCCUACAUCGAUCAGGGCUGCGCAACGUACGCUGGAGAGCUUUCGAUCGGCCAAAUUCCAGAAACGUUUGCGUCGGGAAUCGAGUUUUAUCUGAACUAUAUCUUCCGCGUGAUUCAAGUGCAGAUUCCCGACAGCGACAUCACGAAGGCGAUGAACACGCACGCGAGUAUGUUGGACGCUCUGACGGAAUACUCGCUGGGAAACCUGAUGUGCACGCUGAAGCUGAUCUUUUACAUUUUGUAUAAUCCCGAAACGGGGAUUUUGCUGCCGAAUAACGACCGCGUAUUGGAAUACAUGCUGACGGACUUGAAAAGCUGGGCAUCGAUCAUGAUGCUGCGGAUUAAGGGGCAAUUUCCGAAGCUGGGAGAUCCCGUUUUCGCAGUGCUGCUGAAUGAAGUGAUUAUGAACGCCAUGUUUGUCAUCGCCACUCCGUUCAUUCAAAAUCAAGUGAUUCUUGGAAAUCGUUUUCUCUUUUUGCAUCGGAAUGAGGCGUAG